AUGGCGUGCCUUCCUCUACCGUCUCGAUCUUUGAUUGCAGAUCUCACUCGUGGCACCAAGCACCAAGCCUGCAGGCCGCCAGGAAACACCCUUUCGCCAGGGCCAUCGAUGGAAAGAUACAUGUUAAAGGAGGCCGUAGUCACGACAGAUCAGCUAACUUGGCAGAUGUUUUCGAUCCAAAAACUCAAACUUGGACAUUUGAAUCUCAAGAAUGGAACCCAGUUGAUGAGUUUUAUGGAAUGGUAUCGCGAAUUCCUUCUUGUUGCUUGA